AUGCAUGUUCCAAUACCUUCGCUGAGCUCUACGCUCGCCCUGAUGCUGGGUGCUGGCCUCGCCCAAGCUCAGUACCUGAUCAAUGAGUUGAGCUUUGGCUAUGACGGGAAUAUGGGAAGAGACGGCGUCAUUCCUCACUUCGAUCUCUCGGGCAGCCAACAACCCCAACUCCUCUCGAACAAGAUCAUCCUUACGCCCGUCGCUCCGGGGAACCAACGAGCUGCCAUUUGGGCCGAUAGGAAGCUGGACUAUUCCAGCUGGAUCGCCGACCUCGAAUUCCGAGCCACAGGCCCCGAGCGAGGGGGUGGCAACCUCAACAUCUGGCUGACGUCGGCGGGGCCACGAGACGUCAGCACCAACAGCGUCUAUACCGUCGGCCAUUUCGACGGCCUCGUCCUCGUCGUCGACACCCACGGCGGCGCUGGCGGCAUGCUUCGAGGCUUCCUCAACGACGGCUCCAUCGACUUCAGCUCCCACAAGGACAUCUCCAGACUCGCCUUCGGCCACUGCGUCUACGCGUACCGCAACCUCGGCCGCCCCAGCCAGAUCAAGAUGCGCCAGACCUCCAACAAGUUCGCCGUGGAAGUCGACGGGCGCCUCUGCUUCGAGACGGACAAGGUUCGCGUCCCCGCAGGCUACCAGUUCGGCGUUACGGCCGCCAGCGCCGACAACCCAGACUCCUUCGAGAUCUUCAAGUUCGCCGUCAUGGCCGAGAGUCUCGACUCCCAGAACACCAAUACGCAGAAUGGACAGGCGGACGCGAACCAACCCCCCGCCGGCGACAACAAUGCCGCCCGGAGGACGAGACCACCUGUCGUUGUCCAGCAACAACAACAACAGCAGCAGCAGCAGCAGCAGCAGCAGCAGAAACAAAAGAAGGACGAAGGUUUCUUCGACAACUCCAACAGCAACGACGGCGUGAACGAUCCUUACGACGUCGCCGACCAAUCUGCCGACGUCUUCACGUCUUCGGCCGAGCAGUUCGCCGACCUGCACAACCGCCUGCAGAGCAUGACGCACCACAUCAGCAACGUCUUCCGCACCGUCUCCAAACACGCCCGGGCCAGCGAGCAGCAAAAGUCGGAGAUCACCCGGCUCGUCGAGACGAUCAAGACGGAUGUCAUCCCGCGCAUGGACGCCCUUAAGGACCUGGAGCUCAAGAUGAGCGAUCUCGAGCGCGAGAUCAAGUCCAUUCGGAAGGACGUCAACACUAAUGUCAAGAACAGCGAGCGUGCGCUCAGGACUGCCCUCGGCGAGCAUCAUCGCACCCUCGCCAGCUCGGUGUCGGAGGCUGUUCCCGGUCACGGCAAGCUGAUAUUCGUCAUCAUCGGCUCGCAGAUCGUGGCUGCCAUUGGUUACUACAUGUACAAGCGGAGGAGAGCCAGUUCGCCGAAGAAGUUCCUGUAG